UCCGCAGAAUACUACAACUUACUACUACCUACUACUACUAUACUCGCGCUGCUGUCUCCUCGGUUUCCUCGUCUCCGGGAGAGCGAAAAACAAUGCCGGGCCAACAACAAGAACGCAUCCGACUGUCUUCAAUGGGCGGGGAGUCAACUUGCAGCAACAGUAGUGGYGGGGGCAGUGGWAGCGGCAGUAMAACAAUGAAAAUUCGCAGACGAGUGGUAAUGAUGGGCGCAGCUAGGGUGGGUAAGACGUCCAUCAUUAAGCAGUUCCUUUACGACCAGUUCCCUGACCGAUACAAGGAGACCAUCGAGGAAUUACACAGAGGAGAUUAUGAAUUACCCGAUGGAGCACGAUUGACAUUAGAAAUUUUGGACACAUCAGGAGCUUAUCAGUUUCCAGCCAUGCGAGAGUUAUCUAUAUCAACCGCUGAUGCAUUUCUUUUAGUAUUUUGUGUAGACAGGGAAGACACAUGGGAUCAAGUUAAACACUUUAAGGAACAAAUAAUUGAAAGGAGAGGACCAAAAAUUCCAAUAGUCAUUGUAGGCAACAAAUGUGAACUCACGGAACGAUUUUUACCAGUGGAAGUUACCGAAGCGAUAUCUAAAUACGAUUGGGAAUGUGGCUACAUGGAAUGUUCAGCAAAAGAAAAUAGAAACAUAGUACAGGUGUUUAAGGAACUCCUAGCUCAGGCAAAGGUUCAAUAUAAUUUGAGUCCGGCCGUAAGACGCAGACGUAUGUCUCUACCAAAUUACGUAGAAAAUCGUUCUGGAUCCACCAAAGGACGUUACAUGCUCAAAAGAAAUUCCUGCACAGUGGCCUAAUUCGAAAGACAAUGAUAACGAUACAUAAUUGAAAAAUAAUAAUAAUCUUAUUUCGAUUAUUUUAGACGCCGGUGUGAACAAAAUAAWUACUUAAGUAAAAUAAUUUAUUUUGUUCUUAUAAAUUAUUUGCAUAAUAUCAAAUGGACACUCGAGAUCCAAAAAUGUUUUGAGACACAAUAUUAUAAUGUUGCGUAAAACCAGCUUUCAAAAGUUCUAGCUUUACAAAUGAMUUUUAUACAAUGGUUAUAUGAUAAUAAUUAUAAAUUUUUAUAGUUAAAUUGCUAUUUUAAAAUACAACAUUAAAUUUUUUGAAAAUGCAGUUUGUCACAUGCAAACAACUUAAAAACCAUAUUUUAUUUUUAUUUUUUCUUAAGACAAACAACGUUAAGAGUGUAUAAUACCUGUUUAUUAUAUUUAAUAUCUAACUAUUGAAAUAAAAUGAAAUAAUAUUAUAAAAGCAAGUUGGCACGAUUCCAGUCCAUUACCAAGAUACAGUAUUAUUAAACGCAUGCUCAUACAUUACAUUUCAUUGGGUAACGAUACGAAAUAUAUAUGUAUACAUAUAUAAGCAGGAACAUGUACAAACUCUGGAGAUUUUUACAAUGAAUGUAUACCGCACAAUCUUUAAUACAUAACGCCGUAAAAAAGAGUGAAUGAUUAAAAUAUUGUAAGGGAAUCAAUAUUAAGUAUUAAUCGAUAAUAUACAAUAAA